CGUGCUGUUACGUCUCUGCCUGGACACAAAGUUACCAACAUUACACAGUAAAGAUGACAGAUCUUUUGCACGGCAGCAUGUGGAAGUUUCUGCUGGUGAACACGUUACCGUGUGGACUGGAGGCGUGCAUGUCCGCGGUGACCGUCUACAUCCCCCCUCUGCUGCUGCAGGCCGGCAUGGAGAAGCGCUACAUGACUAUGGUGCUUGCGUUGGCUCCAGUUCUGGGCAUGAUCUUCAUACCCAUGAUCGGAUCAGCCAGUGAUUCACACCAAAGCCGCUUCGGUCGACGGCGCCCCUUCAUCUGGAUGCUGAGCCUGGGGAUCUUGUUAGGCCUGCAAAUCAUGCCCCAGGCCCGACGCCUGGCUGUGCUGAUGUCCCCACAACACCAUCACUGGCUGGAAGCUGCCAUGCAGGCUACAGCUGUGAGCCUGCUGAACUUCUGUGGGCAGGCCUGCCUCACGCUGCUGGUGGCCCUGCUGUCUGACCUGUUCCCUGAGCAAGAGGAGAACAGCAGGGCGUUCUCGGUGUAUUCCAUGAUGGUCAGCCUGGGGGGCUGCCUGGGGUUCUUGCUUCCUGCCGUGGACUGGAGAAACAUACCCGUGGCCGCGUACCUGGGAGGGCAGGAGGCCUUCAUCUACGCCCUGCUCACCGUCAUCUUCCUCAGCUGCCUCCUCACCACUGCCUUCAUCCCAGAGGAAGCAGGAGCCGCGGGGGGGCGGGAGGCUGCUGUUGACAGGCGUCUAAAGAGCGGCAGCAGCGGAUGCUGCCCUCACUGGCUCCAGCUGCAGCCUCGGAGCGUCUGGGUCGCGCUGAACCAGUGUGUGUCGGCGUUGAGGUCCACGGUGUCCCGUGUAUAUGCAGCAUGUGUGCAAGUGCCCACGGUCAUGUGGAGGCUGUUUGUGGCAGAUUUGUGCAACUGGAUGGCGCUGAUGAGCGUCAUAUUCUUCUUUGCUGACUUUAUGGGGGAGGGACUGUACCAGGGUGUGCCGAGCGCAGAGCCGGAGUCCGAGGAAAGGAAGCAGUUUGAUGAAGGGGUGCGUAUGGGCAGCUUGACCCUCUUCCUGCAGUUUAUGGUGUCGGUGCUGUGCUCCGUGCUGAUGGACGGCCUGGUUGCUCGUCUGGGGCCCAGGGUGGUGUUUUUCAGCAGCGGAGCUCUGCUGGUGGUCACCACUGCAGUUAUGACUGUCUCUCACAGCGUGGUGACGGUCACCGUCAUGGCAGCUUUGACAGGAUACACAGUUUGCGUGCUUCACGUCCUGCCCUACACACUCCUGUGUCAGUAUCACUCCAACAAACAGGUAAGUCGUACCAGCACCAAACCACACACCUUUGAUGAGUGCAUCCAUCCAUCCAUCCAUCCAUCCAUCCAUCCAUCCAUCCAUCCAUCCAUCCAUCCAUCCAUCCAUCCAUCCAUCCAUCCAUCCAUCCAUCCAUCCAUCCAUCCAUCCAUUUUCAUCCGCUUAUCCGGGGCCGGGUUGCGGGGCAGCAGUCUGAGCAGAGAGUUUCAGACUUCCCUCUCACUGGACACUUCCUCCAGCUCUUCCAGUGGGACCCCAAGGUUCCCAGGCCACAGAGACGUAUUCUCUCCAGUGUGUCCUGGGUCUUCCUCUGGGCCUCCUACCGGUGGGACAUGCCCGGAACACCUCCCCAGGGAGGCGUCCAGGAGGCAUCCAAACCAGAUGCCCGAGCCUCCUCAACUGGCUCCUCUCGAAGUGGAGGAGCAGCGACUCAACUCCAAGCUCCUCCAGGGUAAUAGAGCUCCUCACCUUAUCUCUAAGGGAGCGCCCAGCCACCCUGUGGAAGAAGCUCUUGUCUUUUCGGUCAUGAUACUCCAUGGUACUCCACACUACCGUAACGACCCGAAGACACUGGGAAGCAACCCUCUCAUCUACCCGGGAAAACUCGGACACAUGACGGCUGAGCUGUGGAGCUAUGAGCAAGCCCACACCGGCCCACCACCUCUCACCACGGGCAACUCCCGAGAGUCCAGCCCUUCUGACAGAGUUUGGUUCCAGAGCCCUGGCUGUGCAUGGAGGUGAGCCCAACUAUUUCUAGUUGGUACCGCUCAACCUCCUGCACAAGCUCAGGCUCCUUUCCACUCAGUGACGUGACAUUGCAUGUCCCAAUAGCCUGAUUGGUUGUGCAGAGAUUGUGUCGCCGAGGCUCCCGCCUUGGAAUGCUGCCCAUUAUGCUUUGCACCGGCCUCCUAUGGGUCCACCUGUGGGUGGUGGGUCCACAUGAGGCGCUCACAUAGGGUGGAGGCUGUCCUUUUUUUGCACAGUUCAUAGGGGAUGUUGUUAAGUGGUCUUUGUCCGGGUCGUCACCUAGGACUGAGUUGGACCUCACACACACGCAAAAAAAAAACCCAAAACAAACAAAUACUGAAACCCAUUACAGAACAAAAACAUGGCAGGUAUCAUUUCUGGCUGUUUUUUGUCUGGGAAUCUUUAAGUUUUACUAUGUGAUGUUAUGUUUAUCAUAUUUCACAUAGAGAAAGGCCUGUGUGACAGGGAGGAGGAGAAUGAUGUUAAAAUCCUACAGUAGGUGGUUGCUGCCCUUGUUAGGUCGGGGUAAUUGUGGAUAAGUACAGAUGGAUGUGAAGAGUCCAGGAAGAGCGAACCUCAGUCCAGAAGACUAGUACGAGACACAGUUCAACAAUUAAAGUACAUACAAAAUCCUUAAUCCAGAACUGAGUGAGUGAACAGAGGCAUUGAUCAUCACAAUCAUGCACAUAGGCUUGAAGAAGUAAGCUCAGCUCAUGAGAACCUCUGGGCAGUAAGUCUUCAGCGAAAGCACAGAGCUGAAUUGAGAGAAUAAACAAAGAGACUCAAAGCAAGCAUGAAACAAAAUGAAAACUAACCUUUCAAAAUAAAAGAACAAACUAAAGUAAAGCUGCCCACACUUGCACUUAAACUGUGCAUCCCAGGUUCCACAACAACCUGGGAUUUAAAGUCCUACAUUUCUGAUGUUGGAUCAUAAAUGCAUGAGAGAAAUAAUAAUAAUAAUAAUUAUUAUUAUUAAUAAUUAUUAUUAUUAUUAUUAAUAAUAAUAAGCCAGUGUUAGCAUUUUGUCUUUCUUUUCUUCAGUCAAAGCACAGCCACACGGAGCCGUGGCCGUACGAUGAGCUGCCUUACAGCCUUGACGAUGCUAAUUUCUCACCCUUCUCUCCUUCAGGUGUAUUUCACUACAUCCAACUCCAUAUCUUAUUUGCUGAGGCACAACAGCAAGCCAGAGGCAGCCAGGGCUCAUUCCGCCGGCCACUCGGAGGGCGAGAAGCCGUCCGAGGACGUCCCUGACGGAGCGCCCCACGUGUCGCU